CAGCACAAGACAUUGUCAGCGGUUGAGAAAACGGUAGUGGAGUACCAGGAGGAGAAUGAUCGGCUACGGAGACUGCUGGGGAUCACACCAGAGGUACCACUAUGUAAAAUAGACUCCCUGCAGCUCUCUGUCUCUGAAGAGGAGGUUCCCCCUGAGCAGCAGCACUGUGAGCAGGAAUGGAGCCCCAGUCUGGGACAGAAGGACCCAGAGACCAAACAGAUUAAAGAGGAACAAGAGGAAGUCAGGACCAAUCAGGAGGAAGAGCAGCUUCAAGGGCUCAUUCAUACCAAAGACUCCAUAUUCUCUUCAACUUCCGUGAAAAGUGAAUGUGAUCAGGAGGACCAUCUUUGGUUCUUGACUCUUCCCCAAACCCAGACUGUGGAGAACAGAGAGUGUGAACCUAAACCAAUGCAUCUCACAUCUUGUGGCACUGUGACCCACCUAAAGGGUCUCAACAUUCACUGUGACCCUCCAGAUAAUCAAAACAAUGCAUCAAGCCACAGCUCAGCUGUAAGCAUUGACCCAGAAAGACUUUACAACAGUCCACUAUUGGAUCCCAGCCCACCUUUGGAUCUCAAUCGACCAAUGGAGAAACACCGUUCCAAGCCCAGCAUCAUGUCCAGAAAAGCUCUGGAAGCUGACCUGCAGAGGCAUGUGACUCUCGCCAAGAAGAGCCUAAGUGAAUGCUACAACUCCACCUGUAAACUGAAGGCCCAUGUCCGACUCUGCCACGAUGGUAAACCCUGCACCUGCCCCUUUUGUGGGAAGACCUUCAAGCAAAAAGGACAUCUAUCCAGGCACAUGAAUAUUCACACAGGAGAGAAACCAUUUACCUGUGGUGACUGUGGGAAAACCUUCAAUCGCAAGGAGCACCUAACUAAACAUAGACAGACUCACACAGGAGAGAAACCCUUUAGCUGUGGUGACUGUGGGAAAAGCUUUAAUCGCAAGGAGCACCUAAAUAAACAUAUACGCAUUCAUAGAGGAGAGAAACCAUUUAGCUGUAGAGACUGUGGAAAAAUGUUCAAUCGGAAGGGAAACCUGAAUUUGCACAUACUGACUCACACAGGAGAGAAACAACAUGGCUGCUCAGUCUGUGGUAAAAGAUUCACUCAGAAGACUCAUCUGCUGAAGCAUAUGGACAAUAUCCACAAAGAGGGAAAAACAGACAGAAGAAAUAAAAUCAGUCAGAAGAUGGGAAUAAAAAGACAGGAUGUGACCAACUCUCUUACGAAAGGAGAGCAACUCCAGACCAUUCAUACUGUGUCUCUCAGAUGAAUAAAUGUAUCAUAGAUUGUCAUAAAACAUUGUAUGUAAAUAAAGUUUGGUUUGGAUUUGAA